AUGCCGAUGUCCGGGGCUCCGCGUCGUAUCUCUGCGCAAAUGAACCGCGCCAAGGAGACCCCGAGAGUGCUCAAUAUUGCCGUGGCGUUCCAUUUAGCAGUCAAGAUGCCGUUGGAGAUCCCCAAGCGCCUCGCGCGAUAUCUCGACCGCCCUCUCUUCCCUUGGAAGAAACUCAUCCUCGGUUUCUCUGUCGGUCAAUACAUCUUUGAGUCCUUCCUCACCCUCCGUCAAUAUCGUAUUCUGCAACAAACCAAGCCCCCCGCCGUCCUCUCCAAGGAAAUAUCGCAGGAAACUUUUGACAAGUCUCAAGCGUACGGCCGCGCCAAAGCUCAAUUCGACAUCAUCUCCGGCCUCUGGGCCCAGGUCCAGAACGUUGCGUUCAUUCAGUUCGAUGUUCUUCCAAAGUUGUGGUCUUGGACGGGCAACGUGCUCCUCAAAUGGGCUCCCUCUAGAUUCACGGGCGAAAUCAGCCACUCUAUUCUCUUCGUUCUCACCUUCGUCAUCAUCCAACAGUUCCUUUCACUCCCCACGCGCGUGUACAGCACCUUUGUGCUGGAGGAGAAGUUUGGUUUCAACAAGCAGACACCCAAGCUGUUCAUUACCGACAUGAUCAAGACGAAUCUAUUGACAGUUGCCCUCGUGCCCCCCAUUCUGGCCGCCUUUUUGAAGAUCAUCCAGAAGACGGGCAACCAGUUUGUGUUUUAUCUCUGGGUCUUUUCUGCCGGCUUGCAGCUGUUCACCACGACUGCCUACCCGAUCUUUAUUCAACCUCUGUUCAACAAGUUGUCUCCUCUCGAGGGAGGCGAGCUCAAGACCAAGGUUGAGGACCUAGCUGCCACUCACAAGUUCCCCCUGCAAGAGCUCUUUGUCAUUGAUGGAAGCAAGCGAAGCGCGCACUCGAAUGCAUAUUUCUAUGGUCUGCCCUGGAAGAAGCACAUUGUCAUUUACGACACCUUGAUCGAAAAGACGGAAACCAAUGAAAUUAUUGCCAUCCUCGCCCACGAACUCGGUCACUGGAAACUCGGCCACACCACGCGUCUCUUUGGCAUCGCCCAGGCCCACCUUCUCUACGUCUUCUCCCUCUUUUCCGUCUUCAUCAACAACGUGUCCCUCUACAACGCUUUUGGCUUCCACACCACUCAUCCCAUCAUCAUCGGAUUUAUCCUUUUCAGUGACGCCCUUUCGCCCAUGGACACCGUCAUCAAGCUGCUUCUCAACAUCCUUUCUCGCAAGUUCGAAUUCGAAGCAGACGACUUUGCGAAGGGUCUGGGCUUCCGCUCGCAACUGGCUUCUUCCCUAAUCAAGCUGCACGCCCAGAAUCUGAGCACCAUGGAUGCCGAUUGGAUGUAUGCCAGUUAUCAUUUCUCACAUCCCCAUCUGUCCGAGCGUCUCAAGGCGCUCGACUGGAAGCCACGGGAAGCGCUCACCAGUGAGAAGGACAAAGAGGGUGUUGCAACGGUCACUGGGCGUGACGAACUAUGA